CUGCAACCUACAUCCGACUCAGGACUGGACAACGACCACUCUUUCACCAUCACAGCAGGCUGUCGUUUCUGGCGACCCUACUCGCAACAACUAGCACACUGCCCAGCUACAAGACUGGAAUACAUACGAGAUAUUUUGCUUUGGCUAAUAUUCCUUGAUCCGCCACAAUGGCUGCCGUCGAGGUUCACACACCUCAAACGCGUCAGCUCAAGCUGAAUCUCACCAGUGACCCAUCACUCAGCACACCGGCGCAAGCGCCGCCCAUGAUCGUCAUGAAUGGUGGAGAGGGCACGCUUGAUGAACCACUGUCUGCCCACUCAACAACUUGGACGACCCCAACCUCGCAUGCUCAGCAGCCUUCGUCAACCAUCCACGACGGCUUCUCCUUCUGCGAUGGCGAGCUGUACAGCACAAUUCCGUGUUGGGACUCGCCUUCGGCCCUCCAUGCACAAACGCCGAGUGAUACCAUGUCAAGGCCGACCUCGAUGCAUCAGGACUUGUACUCAAUGACGAGUGCCUACGAUCACAGCCACUGGAUGAUGAAGCCAUGCGAAGACAGCAUGGAGAUGCACAGCUUUGAGAACGAGCUCAACAUUGGCCAGGCUUACACAACCGACGAAGCAAUCCCGAUUCUCGACCUGAGAUACAACAGCGGCAACGCAGACCCCAACGCCCUCGCCUACGAGCCAGUCACCAAGCCUCGUCGCAUGUCUGGAUCGUCAUUCACCAUGUCGACAUCUGGUGCCAUGUCAGAGAUCACAUCGUACGAGGACUUCUCCGCAGCCAUGUCCGAAGCAACACCCUCGCUCGCGUCUGACUACCCUCCGCUAUCGAACCGCAACUCUCUCAUGUCGGCCACUCAGCUCUCGCCGGUUGCCUCGCCCCGCAUGACGCCCUACAGCCGUAACGAGCUCGUUCGCACUCACAGCCGAGGACGUGCCACUUCUCCAUCGCCCCGACCAACUGUUCGUUCGGCACCGUACAACCUGGACAGCACUGCCAGGAACAAGCGGUGGUCAACUGGCAACUACGGGACAAACGCAAGCCGCCGACCCCCACCGUUUGUCUACAACCAGUCCCAUGACAUGUUCGGCAACCGCAUGUCUUCGAACCACCAGUCUCCCACGAUCUCCAGCCAUCCCCUGCCGCUCAGCUACAGCAACCUGCAGGCAGUUCAACACAACCACCCUUGCUUGACAUCCAACGGUCCACCCCCGUCUUUCCGCAACAGCAUGAUUUUGCCAUCUCAGUUGCCUUCACAGCUCCCGUCACAGCCGUUCAAUGCGGAGGCGCUCCAGCACUUCGACACCCCCGCCCCAUUGCUGUCGACCCAUGGCCUCUUCCGUAUGCUGCAGAGCAACGCGGAUCCUCAUGCGCUCCACAGCCAUUACGCCGACCUGUCCGACCCACCGGACUUGUACGCCUGCCUCAAGGAGGAGCAGCUCGAUCCUCCGCCGGAGGACAUGAACCCGGAAGACCCAGACAUGAUCCCCCACGAGCAGGAGCUUCGCUUUGAAGGUGACCUGUAUACGCCGAAGUGGGUCCGCGGCCAUGGCAACAAGCGAGAAGGCUGGUGUGGUAUCUGCAAGCCUGGCCGAUGGCUUGUCCUCAAGAAUUCGGCGUACUGGUAUGACAAGAGCUUCAGCCACGGCAUCAGUGCUGCGACUGGCCAGCCCUUUCAGGAGCCACAAGAGAAGAGGCGUAUGGACGGCAACCCUGACGUCUGGGAAGGUCUCUGUGGCAGCUGUAAUGAAUGGAUCGCCUUGGUCAGCAGCAAGAAGAAGGGCACGACCUGGUUCAGGCACGCUUACAAGUGUCACGCCCAUCCUAAGGCAAAGGACGGCCCGAAACGGCGUCGUGAGGCGAACCCUAGCACACCGACAAGAUCAAAGCCCGAUGCUAGCCCUCUGACGCCGACUGAGCCUGUCCACCUGCCAAUGUCGAAUGGGAUGGUCAUGAUGCCGACAUCCAUGCCUGCCAUGAACUCAAUGCCUCCACACUUACUGCACGCUCAGUAUGUGCAACCGAACAGCCCGUAUUCGCCGCUGGACGGAAUGCAUAACAUGAUCUAAUACGGCGGCGUUGCCACGGCACGCAUCCGUCGUCUCCUAUCCUCGAAUGAGUUAUGAGUCAACGACCAAUGGGUAUAGAAAGGUUUUCAG